UUUGUUCAGGGCCAAACCCAGGACCAAAACACCAGUGGAGCCCGGAAGAUCCAGCUCUUAGGCUUGACACACUGGAGGCUCCGAGGGAGACACAGAUCCAGACGGUACUAGAUUAUCUGCCUGAGAGGAGCCGGGGGUGGAAUGAAGAACACCUGUUGGAGAACCCAGAGGUCUAGGAGGGGAGGUCUAGAACCAGGAGAGGGCCUGAGUUGAACUUGAUUGCCCCCUGCACCUAGCCUUGGAUCCUGUUACAUAGAGAGCUGCCGAACACAUUUAUCAACACGCUGUAACAUACACUCUGCAGGAUGUUCAAGUACACCCCUCCUUGGCAGGUGCUGUGUAACAGCAUGGAGCAUGAGACCAAGAGACUCUCAGUUGCUGCAUCUGAUGAUUACCAGGAUGUGUUGACCCAGAAAGAGGGAGACCUGAUAGGGUGCCACGCUCUCCUGCUUACUGCCUCAGAAAUCUCACUGUCUACACAGGAAGACACCACAACCCAAGGAACCACGGACAGCAUACCCAGAAAGUGGCUGCUGCAGCCCAUGUCACCCAAAUUGGAGCAGGCAACAGAUCUUCGCACCAUGCUCAGCCCCACCACGGACGAGCCUUUCAGCCUGGACCGGAGCUGGACCUACAACAGGAAUGGAAACUCUUCUGCUUUCAGUUUCGACAGCAUCUCAGUAAACCACACCCGGUCUACGGUCGUCGUAUCUUCCCAGCAAAAAGAGGUGUCGUCCCGGGACGUGGUGGUGCAGGCCAGGCAGGUGGCGGUGUCGGAGGAAAACUGCGGCAUCACCAGCGAAGACUGGCAAGCCAGCAGCUCCAGCAGCCCUAGGAGUCCCAGCAGCACGGGCUCCUACUGCGGCUUCUACUCAUUCGUGGACAAUCCUGCAAGCCCCGAGGCAGAGCUGAAUGAAGCCUGGAUGGUGUCCCCGGAAAGGCAAGCCACCCUGAAAGAGGAGCGCAGCUUCAAACUGCAGACGUAUGUUGGUGGGAAGAAGCCAGGGAGUCUGUUCAAGGAGGACAAGGACUCCCGCUACCAGGUGGACACAGACAAUGGUGCCCAAUUGAAGGCAGAGGAAGAGGAGAAGAAACUUAGGAAGGAGAUCAUGCAUGGUCAUGCCCCCCCAAAAACUGCCACCUACAGGGAGCAGUGGAGUGCGCUGAGCUUGUCACCCAACAAGCUUCUGGAAGGGUUCAGCUUGUGCUAUGGUCCAACCAGUAGUAAAUCUGAGCCCACACCAGCAGCCGAGGCUGGUACCAUUGACAAUGAGCAGAUCAACUUCAGCGCAGCGCGAGAGCAGUUCCUAAAGAUGGAACAGUCCAGGCUCAACCCCUUUCUGAAGAGUCCCAGCUCUCUAAAACCACAAGGAAGACGGUGGCAGUCAGAAGACAGUUUGCUAUCCCCAAAGAGUGCGAAAAAAGACCACUCUACAGUACGGUUGAACCAAAGUCCGACCCCAGUGAAACAGCAGGAUGAAGGGGAAGUCACUGGCGGAAAAGUGACAGUGUACCGCACAGAGGAGAAGGUAACCAAGAGCCAGGGUAGUCUGCUUUAUGACCUUGACUCUGGACAGGAGGAUCUAUGGGGGGACCCCAGUAUUGGCUACAUAAGUCAUGUAAGCAUAUCCAAUGACAACUCUCAACCAGAAAGCAAGGCCACCCAAUCGGUAAAUGGUCACAGAGAGACGCCCAUUGAGAGGGAGAUUCGUAUCACUCAGGAGAGAGAGGAGAGCCUUCGGAAAUUGCGGGGCAUUAAGCACACCGAUGUCCAGGAGAUGGUGGAGAUCAAGACCAAGUCUCUGCUCUCCCAGCCUGCACCACCACUGACACCUGUCAAGGCCAAAGAGAAGAAUCGGGUGAGCUUCUUCAUCCAGCGCGAGAUCGAAAAGGACAGCCAGAGGGAAGUGGACCUGAUGCACCAGGGGAGAGUCCCAAGUCUGUACGACAGGGGAACUCCGCAGGAACUGGAGGAUAGGAAGAAGAUCUUUGAGCUGCCAGACCAACCUGGAGCCAAAGAGAAGAGGAAAAGGGCUUGGUCUUCACCCGGGGUCAUUGUGAGGAGUAGCAGCUCAGAUAGGGAAGGCUUCCCUUCCACUUGCUUCCCUCACCGGCACUCAGAAGAGACGGAGUUGUACAUCAGCCGCAUGAACACCACUCCAAGCAUCAAUACCACCAGCAAAGGCUGGGGUUCAGAUUCCCAAGACCUCACCGGAGUACUGCCAAGUAGCCUCCCAGAGGAGAGUGUUACAUUGAAAGGCCAUGAGACCACAAAGGCGGCAAGCUCUAAAGUCACAAUAGUGGUGAAGACGACAAGUACUAGCGAAAUAGUAAAUGACCCAUCGUGGUUAGUGCGAAGAAAGGAGCCAGUUCCAGCCAAAAGCUCCUCAGCUAAAGAAGCCUCCUUUUCGUACUCUCCGUCCUCCCCUACACCCACUGCUUCUGCAGUUCAGGGGUCUGAGCCGAAUGAUAAGCUUUUUCAAACCUGGAGGGCGCACCUGAAUUCUGGUGGCCUGCGACCUCAAAGAGCAAACACUCCAGAUGUUAUCCAGAAGGAGAUUGAGCAGGAUCUAAAACGCGAGCAGGAGCACCGGGAACUCCGGGAAUCCUGUGGCCUGUCCGCCUCUAUGGAAGGAAACCUGGACUGUGUAGGACGAGACGCUAAAGACACAUAUCAAUCGCAAAGCCUGCAAAGGGUCAUUGUGGAACAGGAAGACUCUGUCUUCCAUGAGAGCCCUUCACUUCUUGUAGAGCAGACAAGUUUGACCAGACGGCCCUAUUCCUUUAUCACUCCAGUAUCAAUGCUAGAUAAAACUGACAGCGCAGCUCCCUUUUCCCCUUCCAUUCGUCCCACUCCCCGACUUCCCUCCUUUUCCAUAGUGACCGCCCAGCCAUGGGGCUGUCCAAGGCCCACCUCCCCCGUGGUUAGCAGGGUUUUCCCCAUGUUGCCUGCCAGCCCAUGGGCAGAGACAGGUGGCUCCCCUGGGACACCCACGCAAAAGGGCCUGACCGAGACACUGCUAGAGGAUUUUGAGGAGAGGAGAGUCAAACUGAAGCUGGAAGAGAACGCUUAUGCAGGAAUUCAGUGCAUUGAUGAUGUGAAUAAUGAGGUCUUGGAGGCCACCCGCAUCACCAGGCACAAAAACAAGCGGGCACUGCGCUGGGAGGCUGGUGACUACACCAACGAGGACUGCCAAUGAGUCCACCAGUCCUCUCCCCUGGAGGGCAUGGUGAGAGAGAGCAGAAAGGAGAAGAGAUGAAAAACACAGUCAUCUUAGGGAAGUUGUUGUCCCAUCUCAGCACAUAUGAAUAUACUCUGACUACACACUACCAAACCUGCUGGACAUAUUGAUUGGUCCACUUUGUGAUAAACUCCUCGUCCAUCAACAUCAGCCACCUACUAGAGCAGGUGACCUUCCACGAUUUAAAAGAAAAAAGACAAGUGAACUGAAAAAAAUAUACAAUAAGGACAGGACAAGUUUUAAAUGUCAUCGGAGGUGGAUUGCAAACAGAAGGGAAUUUAAGAGGAGUUGUGUGCCUGCUAUGAAUGCACUGCCUUGUUUUGGGAUGAAACGGCUACGGUCAGGUUGCAGACCCGAAUCAUUAGCGUAUGAGUUAUUUUUAAGUCUGGCAGUCACUGGCUGCUAGGCAACUUUGAUUAGGCCUAUCCGCCUUCAAAUGACUGCAUAGAAAAUAAAUGACGGAGCUAUUUUUGUCUUGUCAGUUGUGCUUUGCAAAUCAAAAACAAGCAAGAAACCAUUAGAUAUCCAUGAUGUAUUUAGAAUGGUUCAAAUUUCCAAACCAAUAUUCAAUCCACUGAAGCACUUGCAGUACCGUCUUCUAGAAAUGUUGACAUUUGUCUGAUAAUUAAUAUAAUAAAGAGCUACAGCAGA